GUUGAGCUGUUUUGUCGAACAUGGAAGGAUAUGAAUGCAAAAUUUGAUGAAAUCAACAAAGUUUACAAUGUCGUCCAAGACCAAUUUGAACGUUCGCUUUUUGAAAAUCCAAAUUCAUUGGAACAAUUAGAAAUUGAAAUGCUUCGCAAACGAUUUUCUUAUUUCAAUAUGCAAAAGGUUCAAAAAACUCCUCCAGGACUUUUAGCAAUAUGUGCAAUAAUUGAGUAUUUUAUUUUUAAUUAA